CAUCCAGUUAUUCUUGAAGAAAGCAACCGUCAUCACCGCGAAAUUUUUGAAAGAACAUCCAGACAUUUUUAUCUCCAACAGCGAUAAAGGAAACAAAACGGUCAUUUGCCAUGUACAAGAUUAUGAGUUCAAAAUGAAAGAAUUGUUAAGCGAUCCAACCCAAUUUCAACCCAUAGACAAGGAUCCGACCACUAGUUGCGAAAGCAAACUCAACAACCACCUGAAGACCAUCCAAGAUAAACAUUCCAUCAACAAAAAACAACGCCUCCACCUUCAAUCAACUACAGCCAUACCCCCUCGCGUUUUUGGCCAAUACAAGAUCCACAAGGAAAGACCUGAUGGCAAUGGUCAUCCUCUACGAUUAGUAACGUCAACCGUUAAGACUGUAGCCUACAACGCCUCAAAAGAAUUGACAUCCAUCCUGUCCAAAGCUUACCAAAACCCGAAGUUUACCAUCAAAAAUUCUCGCCAAGCUUUCAACGCUCUUCGAAACAAACGCAUCCUACGUGGACACAGAAUGGCAUCGUUCGACAUGGAAAAUUGUUUUGGCUCGAUAUCCACAGCUUUAGCCAUUAAACUUAUUAAAAAUGAUUUUGACGAAAAGGUACGUCCGCACACCACUAUGGAAAAAGAAGAUUUCAUCGAGCUUUUACGGAUAUGUUUGGAUGAAUGCAACUAUCUGCUAUACAAAGGACAAUUCUACCGUCAGAUUAAUGGUAUCUUCAUGGGCAACUCCUUGGGUAGCAUAAUCGUACAAAUCGUCACUGAACACAUCAUCAGUCAGGUAAUCGAACAGCUCAAAAAGGACAAACUCAUCCCACCAUCCGUAUGGAUAGUGUACGUAGAUGACCACCUAGUCAUAUGCAGAGAACCGGUCAUAAACGAAAUCUUGAAAAAGCUCAAUGCUUUUGACCCUGGCCGCAUAAAAUUUACCUGUGAAUUAGAGACCAACUCGUCAAUUAAUUUCCUCGAUUUAACAAUCAGAAGACAAGAUGGCUCCGUCAUUACGAACUGGUACAGUAAAUCAAUCGCAUCAAACCGUAUGCUGAACUAUUACUCGGCACACCAAAAGAAAACCGUUUCCAAUGUAGCCAUUUCGUUUGCUAAAAAAGUCUUCGAGUAUAGCCACCCCACUUACCACCAGGAAAACACCAUCAAAAUAAAGGACAUACUUACGAAGAACAACUUUCCACAAUCUGAAAUUCAACGCAUCAUCCAACUAGCUAAGAGAAAACCAAACACCGUAAAGAAACCCGCAGACAACACUACGCCAAAAUUCGCAUCUGUUGUCUACGUACCUGGCAUGUCUGAAUCGCUGAAAAAACAGAUCAAAUAUUUCAUACCGGAAGUCAAAAUUGCCGAUCGUCCGACCCAAAAAUUGGCAACGUUUUAUUCGAAGGAGAAGGAUAAAAUCGACAAGACCGAAUCAUCGGGUGUAGUCUAUCAAUUCACAUGUCCGGACUGUAACUGCAUUUACAUUGGUGAGACUUGCCAAAAACUAUGUACCAGAAGACAACAGCACAAAAAUUCUAUAUCUACAACCAAUCUGGCUAGGACUAAAGUUUCUUCAGCACUGGCGCUACACACCAAAACAACUGGCCAUCAAUUCGACUUUGAAAGAAUUAAAAUACUUGAUCGUAACAGCAACAAACGCAAACUGCAAAUAUCAGAAGUCAAUCACAUAAUCAUGAACCAAGAACGUGCCUGCAAUUACAAAAAAGACUCCGAGCGAAUUGCUCCAGCAUACACCAAUCUCUUACGGCAAUUCGCUGGGAAAAAUGACCAAUGUAACUGGACUAGAGUAAUUAAUCAUGCAACACCGAAUAAUUGACAUCUCACCACCGACAACUUACUUGUCACCUAUGUUUGACCGAUAAGAAAUUGUUUUUCGUGUAAAGUUGUUAAGUUCACCGGCUAAUGCAAGUUUAUAACCCUUUUAAUUUUCUUGACGAAAGCUCUAAAAUGAGCACAGGCUGUGAUAACCGCUAAAUUUUGACCAAUUAGCCCUGAUGAUGACCUGGUAUUAGGUCGAAACGUCGGCAAUUUGAAAACAAAAUUGUUUUAAAAUCAUUGGCAACCAAAACCUCAGCUACACAACAAAAACAAAUCUAAAUUACUUAAAAUUGUUGCCAGCAAUACAACAACAAACAUUGAUGAAACUUAAAUA